UAUAUAAGUCCAGGCUACUGGUCACUGGUCAUCUCAUACACUUGAGGACAACAUGAAGUGUCAAAUCAUCCUGCUGGGACUGCUGUCCCUCACAGUGUACACGACUGAGGCCGCACGUCGCUUUAACGUUGCUGGCGUCACUCAACGUUUGAAGCUUCGGUCUCAUUUCCAUGCCACUCGUGAGGAACUGCGUGCAGAGCUGGGGCUUCGUGGCAUAAGCGCUAUCGUCCCCGGGGAAUCCCUCAAGACAGUUCGAGGCAAGAUCAAGCAACGUCUACAGCAGACCUAUGGGGGUCUGGAAGUAGUGGGAGGGAGCGUGGCCGCCGACGUCAACCCCAGCCUCGGUUACACAGGCGUCGUCAGCGGUGAACUUUUCACAUCACUGGAGGAAGAUAUUCCCAACCCUGAGGAUUGUGAGCAGACACGUGACACCGUCAAGAGGAUAGCUUUCACACAGGAGGGGGUCCUAGCGUCUCAAGUCACCAAAGUCAACGUCAAGAAGAACGUCUACGUCAAAAAAGACGGCGUGGCUCGUCUGACCUAUGAGAUCAACUUCUUUUACAUGAAGGGCAACAGACCCAGCCGUCCUUGCUACUUUAUCGACGCCUGUGACCUUACCACUGUCCGUUCCUUCAACAACAUCCAGAACAAAGCAGUAGAGAGACGUCAAGCUGUUGUACGACACCGAAGACAGUCUCCUGGGGAUGAUGAGUGUCCUGGCGAGAACACCACACCUGAACCAGAAACUACAACUGACAGUUGUGGCGGAGACCGACAAACUCAAGAACCCGUAACAGCCGCACCAACAACAGCAGGCCCCACUACAGCCGCACCUUCAACACCAAGACCAACUACAGCCGCACCAACAACACCAAGACCAACUACAGCCGCACCAACAACACCAAGACCAACUACAGCCGCACCAACAACAGCAGGCCCAACAACCUGCGGCAAUCCUGCUAAAGGGGAGGGUGGAAAUCUUAAAGUUGGAAAGUUCGUGUAUGGCGUUCCUCCUUUGUGCCUCAACACCACCGUCAGUGGCGCCACAUGCACUCUGGAAAACGCCUACGUCAAAGUGGUGGACUUAAACCAGGGUACAAAUAGGAACAACCGCGCCGCCUCUUCCUACACAUGUGCCAACGGUUAUGACGACGCCAUCAACGGUGCUUACUCCCCCGUCCUGGACGCCAUGAACUUUGGCACCAAAUCAGCCCGUAUGUUUAUCGAAUGGUACACGAUGACUCCCCUCAACUUCAAGCCAGUCCUAUUUGUUCACUACAGCAAUAACUACGAGAACGCCUUCUGGGAUGGCAGCAGCCUGACUUUCGGCGAUGGUCGAAGCACUUUCUACCCACUGGUUAACCAAGACGUUAUUGCUCAUGAACUUGCCCAUGGUGUCACCGAACAAAACUCCAACCUCAUCUACGACGAUCAGUCUGGUGGUAUCAACGAAGCCUUCUCGGACAUAACAGGGGAGACAACUGAGAUGUUUGCUCGUGGCUCUAACGACUGGUUCGUUGGAGCUGAAAUCUUUAAAAGCAGCAAUGGGGCCCUUCGUUACUUUCAAGAUCCUUCUCGAGACGGGCGUUCACUCAAGCACACCAGAGACUACAACAACAACGUCGACGUUCACUACAGCAGCGGCAUCUUCAACCACGCCUUCUACCAGCUCGUGGAGGUCAACAAAAUGCCCAUCAGAAAAGCGUUCGAAUGCUUCCUCAGAGCUAACGUCAUCUACUGGGGCCGAUCAACGACCUUUGAGGAAGGCGCUUGUGGCGUCAUGCGUGCUUGCUACGACCUCGGCUACGACUAUCUGGAGGUAAAAAAAUCCUUCCAGGUGGUAGGAAUCACUUUCAGUGGGUGUCAGGAGCCGACCUUUAUGGAGACGCUAUCUGACAGCGAGACCCUGACUGGUCUCACCGUCUCCUCUUCCCAUCGUCCCGUGUUUAUGUUGACGCCUCCAUCGGGAGCAACCCACGUCGUUGUGACGUCACCUACACAAGGCAACUCCAUCAACAUGGCCGUGUACGACAACCUGGAAUCACCCGCCCCACUAGCCAUGGCGACAGGCGAGUUGAGAUAUCAGCUUCCAUCUGGGUCACCGUCGCUGUACCUGCGUGUAUCUGCUGACGUGGGUAAUGACAUCACUGACGUCAACGUUCAAAUCACGUAUGAAUGAUCGUCAAUAUAUUACAGAAAAUAUGCUCUGUAGCUUUCAUUGAUUAAAGUAUACACAAGUUCAAA